AUGGCGAAGAAGCUUGGAGAGAAUUCCAAGAAAGCUGCUGGAAACGCCCGCAAAGCGGAAGCAGCAGCCCAGAAGAAGGCAGCAGAAGACGCCAAGCGAGCGGCAGACGAAGACAAGCAGUGGGCGAAGGGUGCAAAAAGUAGUGCUAAGAAGGAAGAAGCAGAAGCCAAAAAAGCCGAAGCUGCCCGAAAGAAAGCUGAACGCGAAGCCCUCCUCGCCGCCGAAGAAGCCUCUCUCCCAUCAAAAGGCAAGGGGAACGCGAAAGCCCCCGCAAAGAAAUCUCGAGGCCUGGAUCUCUCACAGCUCGAUGAACCCGCCAGUCGCAAAGGCGCCACUCUCAAUGCAUCGGGCAUCGACAACGCGCUGGACGCCCUCUCCCUUACUAGUGCUGGUGAUUCUACAAAGGUUGACCGCCAUCCGGAGCGGAGAUUCAGAGCUGCGUAUGCAGCAUACGAGGCGAGAAGGUUACCCGAGAUCGAGAAAGAGAAGCCUGGACUGAGGAAGCAGCAGCGGGUCGAGCUUUGUCGGAAGGAGUUCGAAAAGAGUGAAGAGAAUCCCUUUAACCAGGUGCAUGCGAGGUAUGAUGCUAGUCGGGAAGAGAUUGCAAGGAUGAGGGAGGCGGAGAGGCAAAAGGUGGAAGCGAGGCUGGCGGGAAGAUAG